UAAGCCCUCGGACCAAGAAGUGGCUACACUGGCACAGUUAACUCUCUCGCCCCAGAAAUUCAGUCUGCUGAACGGAUUAUUAUUUGGGGGGCAGGGAGGGGGGAUGCAGAGGUCUUUAGGACCCAGCAGGCGGCGUCAGGCGGCAGUUGUGUAGAUCACGGAGAGACUACGAGGGUCCGGUUCAGUUUUAAUUCUGUCUCUAAUCUCUGCAACAGCGGCGCUUCCCGGGUCCCGCCGCUCCCGCGCCCGCUCAGCAGCGGCCGGCCGCGGGCGAGAAUCGGAGCCACCUCCGCCCCAUCACCCACCAUGGAAACCCUCCAAGAAAAAGUGGCCCCGGACGCGCGUGCCUGAGGAUUCCGCACAAAAUAGGUGCCCAAAAUGAAGACCCUGAUGCGCCAUGGUCUGGCAGUGUGUUUAGCGCUCACCACCAUGUGCACCAGCUUGUUGCUCGUGUACAGCAGCCUUGGCGGCCUGAAGGAGCGGCCCCCGCAGCAGCAGCAGCAGCAGCCGCCUGAGACCGGCAGCGCGCAACCGGCGGCCGAGAGCAGCCCCCAGCCGGGCGCCGGGGCCCCCGCGGGACCGCGAACACUGGAUGGAUACCUCGGCGUGGCGGACCACAAGCCUCUGAAAAUGCACUGCAGGGACUGUGCCCUGGUGACCAGCUCAGGGCAUCUGCUGCGCAGUCACCAAGGCCCCCAGAUUGACCAGACAGAGUGUGUCAUCCGCAUGAAUGAUGCCCCCACCCGCGGCUACGGGCGCGAUGUGGGCAAUCGCACCAGCCUGAGGGUCAUCGCCCACUCCAGCAUCCAAAGGAUCCUCCGCAACCGCCACGAUCUGCUCAACGUGAGCCAAGGCACUGUUUUCAUCUUCUGGGGCCCCAGCAGCUACAUGCGGCGGGACGGCAAAGGCCAGGUCUACAACAACCUGCAGCUGCUCAGCCAAGUGCUGCCGCGACUGAAGGCCUUCAUGAUCACGCGCCACAAGAUGCUGCAGUUCGAUGAACUCUUCAAGCAGGAGACGGGCAAAGACAGGAAGAUCUCCAACACUUGGCUGAGCACUGGCUGGUUCACCAUGACGAUUGCACUGGAACUCUGUGACAGGAUCAAUGUUUAUGGCAUGGUGCCCCCGGACUUCUGCAGGGAUCCCAAUCACCUCUCCGUCCCUUAUCAUUAUUAUGAGCCUUUUGGACCUGAUGAAUGUACAAUGUAUCUCUCCCAUGAGCGAGGACGGAAGGGCAGUCAUCACCGCUUUAUCACAGAGAAGAGAGUCUUUAAGAACUGGGCACGGACAUUCAAUAUCCACUUUUUUCAGCCAGACUGGAAACCAGAACCACUUGCUAUAAAUCAUCCUGAAAAUAAACCUGCGUUCUGAGAAAUGAGCAUGCCAGGCUGUAAUCUCAGAUACCCACUGUACCAGACACAGGGGUGCUGGACUUCCUGAUCCACCAGACAGGAACAGGUAGCAAAAAACAGUUUCAAUCCUCUAGUACCAUGGACAGAUGCCUAUGUCCCAGGACUACAGGCAGUACAGUUGGUUUAAAGGGAAAAUACCAGAAUUAAUCCAUCCUAAUGAGUGUUGCCUCUUUGAAAGGGGCUACCUUAGGCGCUCAACACUCAUUUCACUGAUGCUACCCUGGCUAAAAACAUUUUGGAUCACUUUAAGUAUUGCCUUUGAAACCGAAACAUGAGCAACUCAACAAGAAUAAUCACAUUCCUUUAUAAAAAUACCAUGUCAAAAGACAUUUUUCUAUCCAGUUGUAUUCUAACCUGAUCUGUAACCUUUGUCAUCUGUUGGACUCUGUAUGUGUGAUUUGUACAAAGCAAUCUGAAAAUAUGGACUUGAUUUCUGAAGAGCACAUCUCCACUAACUUUCAUAAAGCAAAUGUCCAAUAUUUAUUUAUUGAGAGUUUUUUAGUGCACUCUAGGCCAGUAUUUUUAUAGAUUAUGAUUCUGUGGUGAUUUAUUCUUCCUAACUCUUUAAUCCUGAAUGAUUUUUGAAAAUGGCCUAGAAUUGGAUUGAUGAGUUACUGUGUUCACAAUACUCAUUGUUAGCAUGCACUUGGUAUUUGACUUGGAAAUGUUGUCUUGCAUUCUUUGAACACCUAGGCUUCAGGCAAAUUGCUUGUUCAUAGUAAGAAUAGCUACAACAUUUUCUAAUGUGCAGAACUGCUCCAAAAAGACAAAAUUGAAAACCAAAAACUGUGUUAUUAAAACAAAAACAUGCUAACAAGAUAAAACUUAGAGAGUUUUCUUGAAUAAUAGGUGAUGUAAGUAGCUUCUUGAAUGCCUUAGUUUCUCCUCUUCAGUAGGGUGAUAUCACCCUACCAGAUGACCUCUAAGGUUUUAUUCUGAAUCUACAAUUCUAUGAGCCUCCUGUUGACCCACUUGAGAACUUUAUACUUGGAAAAAUCAGACUACAACAAUAGUAGGAACAUGGGGGGAGCAUUAAUAUUUCCAUAAUGCUAGUAAUCACCCUCUUGUGGUUAAAAACAUACUUCUUCCUGCAAUUCCAUUAGCUAAAAUCUAUCCCCUGCUUCUCUGAAAGGACCACACAUCCACAUACCACAGACUUACUUCUGCGGUGUUUUCUGUCUACAAGAGGGAGGAGCUGACCUUCUGUGAAAAAAGAAUACAAAGAGAUUUCCUAUCAGAUAACUCGCUUAUUCUACGAACUAUUUAUACUCUCUGCAAAUCUUCUUAGAUUAUAUUCACUACCAUUCCCUGGUCUGAAGGAAUAUGAAGGACUUACAGUAUGCAGAGACAAGAUAAAUUAGUAUUAUAGAUUUUCAUUUAAAAAAGAGUCAUGUACAAAAACAGUAUUUUAAAAAUAUUAUAGUGUUUUCCUUAUACCAGGAUUAGGAGGCAUUAGUUUCUUUAAUUUCAAAUUUGAAGGCACCAGCAAAUAUUAUGUAUGGAAUCUGACACUGUUUUAUAGAACAUGACCUGGCUUAUGAUUAAAGGUCACUCACAUUACCACAUCUUUCUCCUUUUAAAAUUAGUAAUGAGGUUCCAUCCCCUUACACUAACUGGUACUCUUAAUUAUAGAGUGCCAUUGUUGAAAUACAAACACAAUCCAAGUGUUCACACAGCAAAACCAAAGUUGGUAUUAGGGUGAUGUGGCUUGAGCUGUUAAAAGCCAGUAAAGUUGAAAUGGCUGAUGAAAACAAACUAGAACACAGUCUUUAAAUUUUCUCCUAGUUUUUGAAGGGACUAUGAAUUUUUUUCCAAUAAUCUUAGGCAGCAUGGACUCUGAAUACCGUAUUUUCUGAAGGUCUGCAAAGGUGUAUGAAUUCAGUACAAUUAUCUACAGACCACUUUACAGUCACUUGGGUAGAUUCUAUUACUCAGAUGUAAAUGAAUCUUUUAAGAAUUCUCUAUUCUUGGAAAUCUGUAUGGACUAUUUGAGACAUGCAAGGAUAUAACUAAAUAUAGUUAUCUAAUAGUAUCUCAUAUGUCUGUGUAUUUCAGGUUUUAGGGAUUUUUUUUAAAUCAUGAUAAUUCCAUUUUUGGUAACUGUUCCCUCUUCAAUACUCAAAAGAGUGAAAAGCAACCAAAUUCUGAGAAUCCUGUCUUCACUGGGAAAUGUUUUACAUCACAUGUAGCUAGGAUAUGUGAGUUCACAUUUUUUUUUAAAAAAAUGGUGGUGUAAAUAAUUGUAAGAAAUUAUUGCUUGGAUAGAUGCUUUAUCACAGCAUGAAGGGAAAUGCCUAGAAUUCUGAUAGAUUGUGCUGAUGGACAUGGUUGUGGGCAAUUGAAUUCUUGUCUUGCUACUAUCAUUUCAUGACUGUCAGUCUUAACAUCAUUCAACACCAUUCAAUAUAAACUCUGAUAUAAAAGAUGACUACAAAACCACAUUUACAGACCUCACCAACUUCACUGGAUAGGAUUGUGUUUGAAGCCCAAGUCACACACUCCUGCAACAUACCUUUUUCUUCUCUCUCCAGCUGUGUCAUGAGCUCCCUCCUAGCUUUUAAGACCAAGGUAAUACAAUCCCACAGCUGGUCGAUCCAUGGCUUCUGUUAUUUCAACGCAAGAACAUUUGGCAGAGGCCAUUACAAUAGAUAGCCAUUAUGGGCAAAGAUACAGGGAUUCACAAACACAAUCAAUCACUGCAAAUGGCCCAUAAAAAGAGGAAUCUCACAUUUAAUAUUCUACAGUAAAUAUUCACCCAAGAAAACAUACAUUAAAAGAACAUUAGGAGGUAAAUAUUCAGCGUGCUGCAUGGGGAUUUAGCUAUGUGAUUUCCAUUACUGUUAAUGGGUAUUUGGCAACUAAGUCCCUGUGCCUCGCUAACCCUGGUGUGUACUCCUAAGGGCUAGACAUAAAACUAGAGCACUUCUAAAAUGUCCAACAUGCUAAGAUUUCAGCAUUAGAUGUUUUCUUGAAAAGCAAACAAAUAUAACAGAGUAUUGAACCUAAAAGAGAAAUUCAUGUGGUUUCUCAGAAUCCCUAGGUUACUACCACAUUUGUGUUUUGGAAUCUUUAGGUUAUUACCACAUUUGUUUAUCAGAUACCUUCCAACUUAAAUUGCUCUUGCUCUGCAGUUCUCUCCAUCCCUGAUCUACCUGAAUUACGUUAGAAUGAAGGGAAAUUAUCUCAUUUGAAAUAAACUCCCCCUUGAAAAGUUAAAAUGAUUCAUUUAUAAGCUAAUGAAUGCUAGCUGAAUAGUGGAAGGGAAAAGUAGAAAUUUUGUUAGGAUGAAGGCAGUGCUAGUUAAAUGCACUUGUACCUGUUUAGUACCUGUCCAAAUAUUUGCCCCUGUAGAGUGGCGUCAUUUUAGGAGUCUAUCCUGGGUUCAGAGUGGUGAUUCCAAAUGUCAAGUAGACCUACCCUGAGAGAGUCUGUGCCACAUUCUCAUUUGACAGUGUUAGGAAAAGAUGCAAUAAUGCAACACACGACAUAUUUCAUAACUGGCUCAAUCAUUCCUCUCAUCCUCACAUCUCUCUUGGGACCCAUUCCGUCUGAGUUGUCAUUCUUUUGUCUACACCAGCAGUCUUUGUGGUUGUUAAGGUCUUCCUCCUAGGUUUCUUAGCUAGAGAACUAUCUGGGGAACAGAUAGAGUAAUGACUGCCAGAGUAAUGACUGUCAUAGAUGGGAGGCAUACAUCUGGCAACAAACAAGGUACUUCAGAAAUACCCUCCUUGUUUUCCCAAGACUGCGAGAGGAGUGUAGAGGUGGGAGUUCCAAGACAUAGACUUUCAAUGUUAACAUUAGGGCAGUCCUGGAACUGGGACAGGAGGUCACCCUGUCUAAUUGCCACCUCAAGAACUAUAAUGAGCUGGGACGUGGGGGGGAAGGGGAGUAAACCAUUGUCUAGGUUUUAUCACAUGCCAGAAGAUACUUUGGCAUGGAAAGAGAUGAGAGAGUGUCAACAAGAGUAGCCCCUCUAUUCUAGCUUACUCACCCCCCACCUACUCAGGGUAUUGAAAUGCAAAUGCAAAAAAGGCUGAAAUCUUGUUGGUUUCUACUCAGUGCCCUAACAUUAUAUGCUACCUUGGAUUGUUCUUUGUCUUUGUAUGUAUGUGUCCUGUGAGUCUAAUUAGAUUGUAAGCUCCUUGAGGGCAGGGACUAUUUCUCCUUUGUUUUUGUAGCCCAAUACCUUGUACAGUGCCUUGCACACAAUAGGCGCUCAAUAAAUGUCUGUUGUUGAUGAUGAUCUCUUAAUGUUGA